CUUUUGCCUAUGACCAAUUUGAGAUAGUUUUCACUGAUAUCGGAACAUCACUAUAUCUACCGAAGAAAUCUAUUUGUCGGACAGUCGACUUUUAAAAGCAUUAAAAUUGUACCAUUUUUUAUAUCGAAAUAUUUUCGACAUCCCUAUUUUCAAAUUGUUCUGUCUUACCAAUAUAUAAUCACACAUUCUACAAAACUAUUUUUUACCGACUAAGACUUGAAUUAUCAAUACGGCAGUGGUGAAAAGUUCAGAUGGAUUUAUCAAAUAUAUGCCGUGCCUGUUUGUCGCCGGAAGAUCGGGUGCAUCUGCUAGAUUGGUAUCAGCCUGUUGACUCUUUGGAUAUAUCAUACAAAGAGUGUUUUUGUAAAUGUACACAAAUUAAUUUAAGUUUGAAAGAUGAUCCAAAUGAACUCGAUGAUGCCCGGAUGCAAUAUCUAUGCCUUGAUUGUGCCCAAAAACUUAAAGACGUUUAUGAUUUUAUUGAAAAGGCGAGAAGGGCUGAUAAUGAAUUACGUUGCACACAAACGGAAAAAGUGAAGAUAGAAAGUAUAGCCAACACUUUUGAAUGGGUUCCAGUACAUGAAGAGCUAAUGGAAGUAACUAAGAUGCCAGAUACUGUAGAUAUGGAUCACGUAGAGGAUAUAAAGGUAUCACCAGAAUGGAAUGAACAUUUUAUGGAUGAUGAUGAAACAUCUCCAUCAAAUGAUAUCGAACACGAAAUAAAUAUUGAUAAAAAACUUAGUACUGACACUACAACAACAACAAAGUUUCUAGUUGAAUCGGAUAAGGAUAUGCAGAGCGGCAAUAACUUAAAUGAAGCUGGGCUGGUCUUAUCGAAAAAAAGUAAACAACUCAAUCUUGCUCAUACAAGACCUAAAAACGUAAAGAAAACAAACAAAGUAAAAUCCGAGGUGAAAACAAAAAAGAAAGUCAAGGACAUGUCUGAGCCGGUGAAGUGUGAAGNUGUCAGGAAUAAACAGAAAAAGAAGAAACAGAAAAUAUGUUUUUUUGUGGGUUUGCGAAGUUUAUUUGACGUUGGACAUUACAAUAUUUUGUGGGACGCCACUUACUACAGCCGUGAUAUGCCUUGUAUCUUUGAAGCCAGUCUCGCGCCCAGUACUGCUGCUUGA